GUGCGUGGCAGUCAGACACUUUUUUUUUGGUUGCGUGGACAUCCUGCAAACAAACAUCUGGACUUUGGGCACUGGAAGAAAUGUCCAACGACGACACACGGCAGGGAAAACCUCCGAACUGCCGUCGUGACGUGGGCGUCGCGCCGCAGCCCACGCAAGAGAGCCAGUACGACCCACGCGAGGACUUUCUGCAAGUUUUCCCCCCCACCUCGUCCAGCCUUCAUGGAUCAGUCCGUGGCCAUCCAAGACUCCCUGCAAGGCUCGGAAAACUGCAUGAUAAUGCUGUACAAUGUGACGUCCUCUUGGGUGAUAUCACUGAAAGCAGACUUCUUGGAUUGGUGCAGUCUGCAAAAGAACAUGCAAUCUUUAUUUACAACCAUCGACGGAUGGCCAUCACCGCUGAUGAUGUUUGCCUGGAGGACGUGGUACCAAUCUGCCUGGACUUUGCCAUUGUUGAGGUUUCCUCCCCAGAGGAGCUUGCACUUGUUGGCGCUGACACCCGAGUGAGAGUGAGCUACAAGGAAGAGAGUUUGGAGCUGGUGCUUCCUUUCGGGUCCCACUCGCGGCGCUUCCUCGCCGAGGUCAUCAGGGCGUGGAGCGAUGUUUGCAAGUUUCCCUCCCAAGAAGCCAAGUUUGAGUGGAUCAGCAAAUACCGAACAGCCACCAAAAGCCAGGGACUUGUCAAACAAGCCCUUGCACCCCUCGGCACAACACUGAAUAAACUCAACCAGCACAGGAAAACAGAUAAAUUGUCAGACAAGAAAAAGGGAAGCUUGGAAGGGCAAAAAAGUUCCAACAGUGGAACGCACAUCACUCGAGCACAUUACGACCCUGAGAGCCAGGGCAUCUCCAGCCGCGAGGACCGGGAUGACCUGGUGCGCUCCUCCAGCCACACGCCCUCCAACAAAGCGCACAUUUUAGCCAUGCCACAGUUUGGACUGCGAGACAACCUCAUCAGGUGUGAGCUGCUGAAGAAUGAGGAACUGUACAUUUACCGAGAGCAUUUCAGCUUUUUCCUGGGCACGUACAACGUGAACGGGCAGGCACCCAAAGAAAGCCUCCAUCCGUGGCUGAGUUGCACCCUCGACCCUCCUGACAUGUACUGUGUGGGUUUUCAGGAGCUCGACCUCAGCAAAGAGGCUUUCUUCUUCAACGACACUCCCAAAGAGCUGGAGUGGACAAAGGCAGUGUCUGAAGCCUUGCAUCCAGAUGCCAAGUAUGCCUUAGUGAAGUUGGUGCGCCUGGUGGGCAUCAUGCUGCUCUUCUACGUGAAAAAGGAGCAUGCUCAAUUCAUCUCGGACGUGGAGGCCGAGUCGGUGGGAACCGGCAUCAUGGGGCGGAUGGGAAAUAAAGGUGCAGUGGCAAUCCGCUUCCGUUUCCACAACUCGGACAUCUGCGUGAUCAACUCUCACCUGGCGGCGCACGUCGAAGAGUACGAGAGGCGCAAUCAGGACUACAAGGACAUUUGCAGCCGGCUUCUGUUUCGACAAGCUGAUCCUACUCAGACCCCGUUAAACAUCAUGAAGCAUGAUGUGGUUUUAUGGAUCGGAGACCUCAAUUACAGGAUCAGUGAGCUCGAUGUCAACAAUGUAAAGGAUCUUAUCAGCAAGAAGGACUUUGAGAUGCUGCACACUUACGAUCAGCUCAAGAGGCAGAUCGACCAAGAGGCAGUGUUCGUUGGCUUCGUGGAGGGAGAUAUCGCCUUCCAGCCCACCUAUAAAUAUGACACCGGCUCCGACACGUGGGACACAAGUGAAAAAUGCCGCGUUCCUGCAUGGUGUGAUCGUAUUCUGUGGCGAGGAAAAGAGAUCAAGCAGCAGCAUUACCAGAGUCACAUGACUCUCAAGACCAGUGACCACAAACCUGUCAGCUCCAUGCUUGUCAUUGGGAUCAAGAGAGUUAAUGCAGAAUCCUACAAGAAGACCUUCGAAGAGAUUGUUCGCAAUUUAGACAAGAUGGAGAAUGAGUGCAUUCCGUCGGCAACCUUGUCCAAGCGAGAGUUCCACUUUGAGAAGGUGAAGUACAUGGAGCACCAGGCCAAGACGCUGAGCAUCUUCAACGACGGCCAGGUCCCAUGUCAGUUUGAGUUCAUCCAGAAGCCCAACGAGGCCACGUACUGCAAGCCCUGGCUCACGGCCAACCCCCACAAAGGCUUCAUCGCUCAGGGCUCUUCCGCGGACAUCGACUUCGAGGUUUUUGUGAACCGCUCAACGGCGCCUGAGCUAAACUCGGGCAAACAGAAGAUGGAAGACAUCCUGGUGCUGCACCUGGAACGCGGUAAGGACUACUUCAUCUCUGUGACGGGAAGCUACCUGCCCAGCUGCUACGGCACGCCCAUCCACGUGUUGUGUCGGCUGAGGGAGCCCAUCCAAGACAUGUCCCAGGAGGCCCUGCAUGAACUGGUGGUGACGUCUGGGAAUGAGAACUCCGAGAGCAUUGAAAAGCCUCUGGAUAUUCCUAAAGAACUGUGGAUGAUGGUGGAUCAUUUGUUCCGCAAUGCAAUCAAACAGGAAGACAUAUUUCAGCAACCUGGACUGCGGAGUGAAUUUGCAGAAAUAAGAGACUGCCUCGACACCGGCAUGGCAGAUUCUCUCUCUGGCAGUAACCACUCGGUAGCGGAGGCCCUGCUGCUCUUCCUGGAUGCCCUCCCUGAGCCGGUGGUCCCCUACGCGUUCUACCAGCAGUGCCUGGAGUCUUGCUCCAAUGCCAGCCAGUGUGAGAAGAUUAUUUCCACGCUACCUCAGUGCCAUCGAAAUGUUUUUAACUACUUAGCUGCCUUCCUGCGGGAGCUGUUGAGGAAUUCUCCCAGCAAUCGGUUAGACGUUACCAUCAUAGGCACCAUCUUUGCCUCGCUGCUCCUGAGGUCGCCCACCAAGCAAGACCUGGCGGAGAAGAGGAAGGCGCGGGAGUUCUUCCAGCACUUCCUAGUGCAGGGAUCUUCGUCCUAGAUCGGAGGACCGACGACGUUAAAAAAAACACUAUUGUCCUAUAUUUGAAAUAAACUGUUUAUAAUAAUGCCAUCUCCGGGUUGGGGAGGAGAUCUUGCCCCAAGUGGAGGAGUUCAAGUACCUCGGAGUGAGGGAAGAGUGGAUUGUGAGAUCGACAAGCGGAUCGGUGCGGCGUCUUCGGUAAUGCGGACGCCGUAUCGAUCCGUUGUGGUGAAGAAGGAGCUGAGCCGGAAGGCAAAGCUCUCAAUUUACCGGUUGAUCUACAUUCCCAUCCUCACCUAUGGUCAUGAGCUUUGGGUUAUGACCGAAAGGACAAGAUCACGGGUAUAAGUGGCUGAAAUGAUGGUGGGGUCUCUCCCUUAGAGAUAGGGUGAGAAGCUCUGUCAUCCGCGGGGAGCUUAAAGUAAAGCCGCUGCUCCUCCACAUUGAGAGGAGCCAGAUGAGGUGGUUCGGGCAUCUGGUCAGGAUGCCACCCGAAUGUUUAGGGCACGGGGAAGACCCAGGACACGUUGGGAAGACUAUGUCUCCCGGCUGGCCUGGGAACGCCUCGGGAAGAGCUGGACGAAGUGGCUGGGGAAAGGAAAGUCUGGGCUUCCCUGCUUAGGCUGCUGCCCCCGCGACCCGACAUCGGAUAAGCGGAAGAAGAUGGAUGUUUAUAACAAUUGUGCAUACGUCCUCACAAACAUUAAGAUAGUAUGGUUAAUUUAAGUGACUUAUCUGUGUAUGUAGUCUGUUGUAAUACUGUCAAGCAUCUAGAGACCACUUUUUAAUGUAUAUUUUAUUUAAAAACAAUUUGUAUUUUACUGCCUGUGAUCCCAGAAGUCAGUCUUUUCUAUAUAAAGUUGUUGGAAAACGA